AUAUAGUAACAUCUUUAAAGGGAGAAUCUUACACAUGCGGGGGUAGUGUGACUUCUGUGACAACCAUUGUUGACAUCUUUGGCCGUUCGAUCAGCUGUUUGCUUUGGCAAUAGAAACAAACGUCUUGUAUUUGUCUAUAAAUUCAGAUGGCUUCGCGGGCCAAGUGUUUGUCAUGCCACAGGCUAGUAGCGAUCACCUGUGUACUCUGCGCGUUUACGGUGGUAUCAACAUAACACAAUAAAUUAUUAGUUACGUUAUUAAAUAAAAAUUGUUGUUAGAAAAAUGAUUGCCAUCCAUAAUCACACCACAGAAGAAGAGGACUAUGCAAUAGAUUGGGCCUUACCGUUAGCAUUUGUUAAAAAGCGUCACAUAGAGUCAAUUGAAGGAGGGAGCGAAAUAACUCAAACAUGGAGAAUGAAAGAAAGGAUGAAAACUGUGAGUGUGGCUCUUGUACUCUGCCUUAAUGUGGGUGUCGAUCCACCGGACGUAGUAAAGACACAACCAUGUGCCCGUCUUGAAUGCUGGAUAGAUCCUCUGUCAAUGAGCCCACAGAAGGCCCUGGAAACUAUUGGAUCAAAUCUUCAGAAACAGUACGAGCGCUGGCAACCUCGAGCACGGUACAAGCAGAGCCUCGAUCCUACAGCAGAAGAAGUGAAAAAGCUUUGUACCUCACUACGUCGAAAUGCAAAAGAGGAGCGUGUUCUCUUUCAUUACAAUGGACAUGGAGUGCCCAAACCUACCUCAAAUGGAGAAAUCUGGGUUUUCAAUCGGACCUAUACUCAGUACAUUCCUCUGUCAGUUUAUGAUCUUCAGACAUGGAUGGGAGCACCAUCUAUUUACAUCUAUGAUUGCUCAAAUGCAGGAAUCAUAGUUGACUCAUUUAAACAGUUUGCUGAUCAGCAUGAAAAGGAAUACAAGGUUGCUGCACAAAGCCAUGGAACAGUGAACACCCCUCCAUCAUUCAAAAACUGCAUUCAGUUGGCAGCAUGCAGUGCAAAUCAGAUAUUGCCAAUGAAUCCAGAUCUGCCAGCUGAUGUCUUCACAUCUUGCCUCACAACUCCUAUUAAAAUUGCUCUUCGAUGGUUUGUCAUACAAAACUCUUCUAAAUUGGUGUCAAAACUUUCCUUGGAUAUAAUUGACAAAAUUCCAGGCCAGCUGAAUGAUCGCAGAACCAUGCUUGGAGAGUUAAACUGGAUCUUCACAGCUAUUACUGACACAAUUGCGUGGAAUACAUUACCACGAGAUGUGUUUCAAAAACUGUUUCGGCAAGAUCUCCUAGUCGCUAGCUUGUUUAGAAAUUUUUUGCUAGCAGAAAGAAUUAUGCGUUCUUAUGACUGCACUCCUGUAUCGUCUCCAAAGUUACCUCCAACCUAUCAGCAUCCUAUGUGGCAGGCAUGGGAUAUGGCCCUAGACUUGUGCCUUUCACAGUUGCCGGCCAUAAUGGAAAAUGAAGAGCAAUUUGUUCAUUCACCAUUCUUUGAAGAACAGUUGACAGCUUUCGAAGUGUGGCUUGGGCUCGGUUCAGACAGACGAAGUCCACCAGAACAGCUUCCAAUUGUACUACAGGUGCUGUUAAGCCAAGUUCAUCGAUUGCGUGCAUUGGAACUUCUGGGUCGUUUUCUAGAUCUUGGACCAUGGGCUGUUAACUUAGCUCUGUCCGUUGGAAUUUUUCCUUAUGUACUGAAACUUCUUCAGAGUUCAGCACGAGAGUUACGUCCACUUUUGGUGUUCAUAUGGGCAAAAAUACUAGCUGUUGAUGGCUCAUGCCAAGCUGAUCUGGUACGAGACAAUGGUCACAAGUAUUUCCUUUCUGUUCUGCAGGACACAUCUAUCCCUGGUGAAGAUCGCACUCUUGCUGCAUUUGUUCUUGCAAGCAUGGUGAAAGACUACCCUCCUGGCCAGGAGGCUGCUCUUCAGGGCAGUCUGGUGUCCAUAUGCCUGGAGCAGCUUGGAGAUGCCAGUGCCUUGCUACGACAGUGGCUUGCAAUCUGUUUGGGACGUCUGUGGCACAAAUAUGAGAAAGCAAGAUGGUGUGGAGUGCGUGACAUUGCUCCUGAAAAACUGAACACACUUCUGCAGGAUCCUGUACCUGAGGUUAGAGCAGCAGCUGUUUAUGCAUUGGGAACUUUCAUCAACUCUGUCACCGAAAGAAGUGAGCAUGCCAACAAUAUCGAUCACACCAUUGCCAUGACGCUACUUAAUACUGUAUCAUAUGAUAUGAGUCCUCUUGUUCGCAAGGAGCUGGUUGUAGCACUGCAAUGGAUUGUCCUCAUCUUUGAAAAUUCCUUCCUCUCAGUAUGCCUACAAGAAGAGAGCAGGCGAGGGGAGAGUACACUGAGUCCACAAACUGCAAAUGUGCCAGAUCUGAGCAUGUCUCCUAUUAUGGGUAUGAGACGUAUAGCUUCACGAGACAGGCUCAAGACUGUCACUCCAGUGACAGUACUUAGCACCGAUGGUGCUGUCUCACCAGCUGCUGUUGCCUCCUCUGACUUCAUACAUACAGAAAGAAUCAAACGGGUUUCAUCCUCAUCCUCUAUAUGUAGUCUUGGUCAUGGCAACCUGAGCAAUUUGCCAACUCUCUCGUUUGGCAGUAUCUAUAUGAAACUAUGGCAUGGUCUUACUGCACUGGACCACGAUCCUCAUCCUGGUGUUAGUCACCUGUCACACAUUGUUACAUCACACAUAAGAGAUCAGAUAAAAGAGUCAACUGCCACCAAAGAUGUUGGUGAGAUGAGAAUGACACCAUCUCUUUCUCUGCCACCAUCUCCAUCCAGUCGUUCAUCAUUCUUAGCUGGAGAAUCUCCACCUACAUCAACAGCAUCAACUACGUCAACUAUUGAACUUCAUAAAUUUUCUAGUUCAAGAACACAUACACCUCGACCUCGGAGGGUAUUGCAUAACACAAUAUCAGAAGAAGCAGAUGACAACGCAAGGGGUCGCAGGCCAUUAGUAAAAACGCAAUUUGUAGAAUGGAGUUCCAAGUACUUUGCACAGUCUGCAACACAUGGCCAAGAUGACAAUGAUGUAGAAAGUGAUUUACACUAUGAGCGAGAAUGGAGGUAUCAACGCAAUCACCUGCUACGCAUUGAAGCACGUGAUGAACAACGCAGGAUUUUAAGCAGCAAACUUGAAUCACAGGUGUUCAAUGCUCGUAAUCCUAAUGCUCCUUCAGUCAUUGCUUUUCAUCCAUAUGAUACACACAUUGCUGUUGCAGGAAAAGACUCAUUUGGAAUUUGGGACUGGGUAACUGGAGUCAAACAAAGCUACUGCUAUAAUCGUGCUUCAAAACAGUCUCGCAUCACAUCUUUGGAUUUUGUAAAUGGCCAUGACGUUUCUUUGCUGCUUGUUGGUUCAGAUGAUGGAACUGUACGUUUAUGGGGAAACUACACACUGACCAAGGGCAAGGAGCCAGUUCUGGUGACUGCAUGGCAUGCCCUCUCCGACAUUCAGAAUCCUCGCCAAAAUAGUGGGGCUGGACUGGUGACACACUGGGAACAAAAAUCACAACAAUUAGUUGUGACUGGUGAUGCCCGUGUCAUCAGACUGUGGGAUGCAGAAAGUGAACUGAAGGUGCAAGACAUUCCUACAGGUGCUGAUUGCUGUAUCACAAGUAUUUCAAGCGAUGAUAUGGAACCAGCACUUAUUGCUGCAGGCUGUGGUGAUGGUUCUGUGCGUUUAUUUGAUCGAAGAAAAAGUUCUCAGGAGGCCAGAAUCAUGACUUGGCGUGAACACGCAACAUGGGUGGUUAAUGUACAACUUCGCAAUCACAACAAAAUCGUCAGUGGAUGUGUUUCAGGUGAUGUAAGAUUCUUUGACAUAAGGAAAAAUUCAGCUGUUGCUGUACGACAAACAACACAUGGAGUAACAGCAAUGGCAAUUCACAGAGUAGCUGACACGUUUGCCUGUGGCUCCAUGAACCAGUUUAUCAAUGUAUAUGGAAUGGAUGGAAAUGCUCUUAACACAAUCAAAUAUCAUGAAGGCUUUAUGGGUCCACGUAUUGGCGCUGUUAGCUGCCUUGCAUUUCACCCAUAUAGAGUUUGUUUGGCUGCUGGCUGUGUGGACACUUCAAUUAGUGUGUAUUCCAUUGAUCCAAAGAGAUGACUUGCUUCAAAUUUUCAGACUGCACAUGUUUUCUCCUGUACUGUGAUGGUACUAAAUGUGAAACUCCAAAAUAUGUACAAGUAUAAUGGCGCUGUCACAUUCUAUUUGUUUUUAUUAUAGUUCACAGAUUUUCAGGCCAGUUGAUUUAAGAACUGUGUAACAUACUGAACACGAGAUCACACAUGAUAGUCAAAUGUAGAAAAUGAUGCUCCUAAGUAAUUUUACUGUGUACAGUAAAAAGUGUGCAAAUAUUUCUCAGGAAUGAUAAAAAUUAAUGAUGAUUGCUUGUGCAGGUAUUCUAGCAGGAAAACGGGUAUACACAGUAGGUAAUCUUGAAGUUCCAUUCCGUGAAACCACACAAAAUGUUUUUUUCUAGUUAUACUGAACACAUUUUUGACUGCUAAAGCAUUUCAUUAGUCAGAUGCUUUAUAGAGCAUAAGAAAUGUGUAGUUUUAAUAUAGAACUGUACUUACACAAGCCAUAAACCCCUACUAACACCCCCCCCCCCCCCCCCAUCCACACACACAAGCAGACACACCAUAUAAAAAGCUGUAGAGUGAUUACAGAAAAUACAUCAAACUGUUCCAUCUCGUGCUUUUAUUGGAUUAUAGCAUAAUGCUUUGUAUGAAACGCAGAUGUGAUGUGCAAUAUUAUUUGUUACAACAGCAGACAAAUUAUGCAAAAUAGAUGAUAAAGUACUUAAUAUUGCAGCAAGGAGCUUUGUGCUAACAGUAGUAGAAACCAUGGACAAAAAAGUAACUAUACAAACUAGUCUUAGAGCAUAUUACAAUCAUUCAUAUGUUUCAGCACUGAAUUCAGCCAUUAAAUGUACAAAUUUUCUUGAUGGGAGUUUUACCAGUCGCAGAUGUAUUAAAUAAUCAAAGAUGACAUUUACUAUAUGUACAUUUAUUUGUGUAUAAAUUACGUUAUUCAGAUUCAGAAAGUGAUAAUUCCUAAAUGUAAUUCUCCUCUUCUGAUAAUGUUAUUACUAACACAAUUAACUUUCCCAUUGUUGUUUCCCCUCAGAAAUUGUUGUUCUGUAGUGCUUAAUUGUCAAGUACUGCUGAAUGACUGUAUGUUCACAGUAACAGGCAAAGUCCAAAGCACCAGACUUACUUGUAAUAAUGCAACAUAAUUUAUGUAGACCAUGUGCACUAUUGUAUAGCCACUUGUUAAACAAUGCACAAAUCAAUCCUAUUUUCACUGUAUUAUAUAAUUUCAGUUACCAUAGACAUCUACAGGAAAAGCUACUUGCAAUUGCCUAUAUACUAGAAAGUGAAUUAUGACUUACAUAACACCCUAAAAUUUUUCUACACUGAAUGUUUCAAUUGUUAUUGUUGGCUUUUUAAAAUAAUUUUAUUCCUAGUUUUGUAACACAGUCCAGUGUGCGAUGCUACAACUGGAGUUGACCUGUAGUAAUAUGAAAGUACACAGUCUCUAUAGUGUAUUUUUGAUUAUUCUGUUAUUUUCUUUUAAGUCAAGAUAGAAAUAUAAAAUAUACAUGCAUGAAAAAAGUUCAAAUCUCAUAAUUAUGUGUAAAAAAGAAGAAUUGGAAGAUUGGGUGUUGUACCUGCAUAAGAUUAUCCCUCUCUCUCUCUUUUUUUUUUAUAUAUAUUUUUUUUAAGAACUUGUGAGUAAGCCAUAUUAUCAUCAUGUUUUUUGACACACAACUUUAUUCACUGUUGACAAUCCCCCCUCCCCACUUAAGUGUAAUAAUGGUGAAAAGUUCAGAAGGAACUACAAAAAUAUAUUGCUCAUUACUACUUAGUCUUCCAUGUGUGCUGUUACUGAUGUGUAAGUACUCUGAAGAAUUAUUUGCCAUGAUCAUCUUAAACAGACCAUUCUCACUUGUGAAAUUUAAAUUCAUUUAUCUGAAUUAUGUUACUUCUAAUAACAAAGCUGCUUCCAAACUUAAUAUGUGAAUUUCCUGCAUUGUGCAAGUAAUGAACAAAUCAUUUUUUAAGUAAAUUUAUUCUCAUUCAUGUAUCCACAAAAGUUUGCCCCAUAAAAGCUGCAUUUUUUUUUCUUUGUAAAAGAAAAUCAUACUUUAGAAACAGAAUCCCUUCAUAUUUCAGCUUCUCUAUUUUCAAAAAUAUCUAUCUUUAGACAUGCUUGUUCCAAUUACAGAAAAUUUUUUUUCUGUGUUACCAUGUUCAUAGAUGCAAUCCCAAGGAAGCUUAUUGCAGGCAGGGAAAGUUAAAAUUACAUGUUUAAUUUUCGGGUGCUGCAGUCAAGUGUUACUAGUGUUAUACAGAAAUAUCACAACAUUUUUUUUAUUUAUGUUGCAUAUAACACAGAAGAUGGAAUCAACACACUAUCUCGGUAUUUGCUGUGCUAUGUGAUUACUACUUGCUUUCUGAAAACUAAGUUCGUAACGGUUUACAAAUUAUUUUAGGUUUCUUUCACUUUACAGUAAAACUAUCAAGAGUCCACAGGGCCAGAGUAAUAGUUCCUAGAUUUUAAUUCUAGGUCAUUUAUUUGCCUUAUGCAGGUACAAAGUACUGGUGUGUGUCAUCUCAGAUUCCAUACUCAAUAUAUUUGUAACUUGUUAAGAUAAUUUUUCUGUCAUCACUGUUUUUGAAAUUUUGUUUUACAAA